AGAGAAUUGGAAGAACAUUUUGGAAUUGACAAAGAACCUACCAGGGUGCGAAGACGAGAGUCGCUCUUGCUCAUUAAAGUUGAUGUGAAGACACACCAUGGACUGAGUUUUGGGCACAAGAAAGAUGAUAAUGGAAGGAGAGACGACACUGCAAGGAGUAAUGGAGGAGAAAACAAACACCGU